AUGCCAGUAAAGGAGAAAAUGCUACGGCUGCAGAACUGCCUGAAAGGAAAAGCGUUAGAGACGGUCAAGGACCUUGGAUUCACUCAGCAUGCGUACGAGAGAGCGAAAGAAAAGUUACAACGCAAGUACGGUGGUAAACGUAGAAAGACCCUGACACAUUUGGCAACCUUAAGAGCACUACCCAAAGUACGACGCCAUAACCUGGAAGAAUUAGAAACCUUGUUGUCAACGCUAGACCGUAUUCUUAUCGCAUUACAAGACGAUGAUCGUGGCGAUGAUGAAAUUAGAAGUCAGCACCUUUGCUUAACAGUGAAGGAAAAACUUCCAGUGGAAUACGUCAGAGAAUACAAGUAUUGGUUGAAUGAGCGGGAUGAAGAUGAUGAUUUUAAAAUGCUGGUCCAGUGGAUCGAGAGGCGUGUUUGCAUCAUGGAUGAGGCUAAGGAAGAAACGGGAGAAUUCGUCAAAGCGUACCAUGGAGGACGACGUCAUAAUCAAGGCUUUAAUACAGAUAAGAAAGUUAGGAAAUGUAUCGUUAUGAAUUGCGACGCUGAUCAUCCGCCUUGGGUUUGUCCAGAAUUUAAAAAGCUCCCUGUAGCUACACGAAAUCAACUAAUAGCUAAAACAGGACGGUGGUUCUCUUGUCUAGCGGCUGGUCACCGAAGUAAGCAGUGUGGCAGAAAGAGAAAAUGUGGAGUCAGCGGAUGUGAAAGUAAAGGACAUAGCAGCUUAUUACACGACCCUGAGAGAAUGGAAAAACAGAAUGAAGAUAAUGACAACAACAAAGAUCAGACCAACCCUUCAAUUGGAGGGACAGAUGCAAGAACCUAUACGACAAACCGAGUUGAACAAAUAUCAUUGAUGGUUCUCCCAGCAACUGUCGAAAUUGGCGGCAAGAAGAUAAAAAUCAAUGUUAUGCUGGAUCCUUGCUCCACGGGAUCAUACGUCACCGAAAGCCUAGCGGGAGAGUUGCACUUGAAAGGAGAAAAACAGGAUUUGACCAUAUCAGGAACUGGUGGGACGGAGAUUAAGAGACAGUCGAAACGUGUAAAGUGUGUGAUCACAUCCGUCAAUGGAACCUUCUCAUCGCCUGUGGAAGCAAAUGUGUUAACUAACGUAACGGGGAACACGCCGGCAAUUGAGUGGAACGAAUUAAAGGGCAAUUGGGCACACUUGGAGACCAUCCCAUUUGAAAGAGUUUCAAAGCGAAAGCAGAUCGAUGUUUUAAUCGGAAGCGAUCACCCUGUAUUCCAUAAAGUAUUAAGAGAAGUUACGGGACACAAUGCCAAAGACCCAGUAGCACGACAAACGCCCCUCGGUUGGGUCUGCUUCGGUCCAACGAGUAAGAACCCGUCGACAUGGACUACCCAAUCCCACAUGACACGUACAUACCAUACCGAAGAUAUCCAAGAAGUAAGUGACAAUCUUCGGAGUUUUUGGGAACUAGAAGCCAUCGGCAUUAAGGACGAGAACGUUCGACCACUGACACCAGACGAGAAAAAGGCAGUUGAAAUUGUGCAAUCAACCCAAAAUUACACCAACGGGAGAUAUGAAGUAGGUGUUCCUUGGAGAGAUGGUGAGCCAGAUUUCGCCGACAACUACGACAUGGCUCAUUCAAGACUACUGAAGCUAGAGUCAUCCCUACGAAAGAAACCGGAUGUCGCUAUGGCCUACAACCAGAUAAUCCUGGAUUACCUCCAAAAGUACAUCAAGAAAGUACCAAAGAAAACGGGUGACCAGUGGUUGUUGCCGCACUUUCCGGUGAUCAAUCAGGAGAAAACGUCGACCAAAGUUCGAAUCGUCUUUGAUGCGGCAGCGAAGCACAAAAACAAAUGUCUAAACGACGCGCUUCACCCUGGGCCCAAGCUCCAACGAGAAUUGGUAGACGUGUUAACCAGGUUCCGAAGAGAACCCGUGGCAGUGUCAGCAGAUAUCUCUCAGAUGUUCUUACAAGUCGGACUUGCCGAGAAAGAUCGACCUUUUCAUCGCUUCCUUUGGCGUGAUUUGAACAAAGAAAGAGAACCCGAAAUUUACGAGUUCCAGCGUCUACCAUUCGGAAAUACCUCUUCACCAUUCUGCGCACAAUAUGUACUUCACUCCCACGCGGAGAAGAAUAAAGAUCACUUCCCGAAAGCCGCAGAUACAGUGGAUAAUGCAAUGUACGUGGACGAUGUGCUGGACUCUUGCGAGACGGUUCAGGGAGCCAUAACCCUUAGACAACAAACAUCCGAGUUGGUGUCUGGCGCAGGCUUCAAUUUGAGGAAAUGGAUGUCAAACCAGGCUGAUGUUCCUAUUGAAGAUCGACUUCCCGGGUUAGAGCUCAGUGAUGGUAGCCUGCCGACGUUGAAGACCCUGGGAGUUCUGUGGAAUGCCCGGCAAGAUAUCUUCAAGUUCGUGGUUCACCCUCCGUCGCUGACUGAAGCCCCGACCAAAAGAGAAGUCCUGAGUAGUAUAGCAAAGCUGUUUGAUCCAUUACAGUUUUUGGCUCCCUUCACUAUACGAGCGAAAUUAUUGUUGCAAAAGACAUGGGCAGCUGGAAUUGGUUGGGAAGACAAAAUGCCAGAAAAUUUGUGCAAUGAAUGGAACAAUUGGGUAAAAGAACUGAGCGACUUAAACGGAUUCGAAGUCCUUCGCCCUCUACGCUUGCCUGGACCUACGGACGUCUGGUUGCACACCUUCUCAGACGCAUCCCAAGAUGCUUACGCAGCAGUGUCUUAUCUUGUCAGUAAUUACGAAGAUCACGAAGCCACCUCACGGAUCGUCGCAUCCAAGAGUCGUGUCACGCCACUAAAGUCAGUUACUAUCCCAAGACUGGAACUCAUGGGAGCAGUACUCGCUACCCGACUGGCCAACAGCAUUCUCCAGACAUUGACAGUCAAUGGAGCAACGUACUGGACGGACUCAACGAACGUCCUGUAUUGGGUGCGUAACCAGAGCCGUGCAUUCAAGCCAUUUGUGGCCAAUCGAGUGGCAGAGAUACAGAGACAUUCCAACCCAGAACAAUGGCGACACAUACCUGGUGGAAUAAAUCCAGCCGACAUACCAACUCGUGGACUUUCAGCAACCAACCUUUGUGAAGACAAAUUAUGGAUGGAAGGACCAGAGUUUUUGACGGAUGAAGAAAAACCAUGGCCAGAGAAAUUAUCGAAUCACGAUCCAUGUAGUGGCACGAUAAAACAAGAAGAAAAGAAAGUCCAAGUUUAUACAACGGAUAAGGAAGCCAGUGACGACAGCCGCCUGGAUCCAAAACUUUAUUCAUCUAUGACCCGCCUUAUUCGAGUUACGGCCUGGGUUAAACGUUUUAUCAAGAAUUGUAAGUCCCCGAUAAAUUCACGAGAUACAUCUAUUGUUCUGCAAAACGUCGAGAUUAAAACAGCGGAACUGUUCUGGAUCCGAAAAGCACAAGCCGAAAGUUUCGUCAACAAACAAAAGGACAAACGCCUAUUGAAAUUCUGCCCUAUAGUCGACAAAGAAGGCAUAUUAAGAGUGGAUGGCCGCCUCCGCCUUGCUGAAGAUUUACCUUACGACACAUCCAAUCAUAUUGCCCAAAGAUCAUCCGAUAAGCUGACUGGUUAUACUUGCUGCUCACGAAAAGAUCGGACACGGAACGGGAACAGAAUACCUCCUGACAGAACUUCGUUCGAAAUUUUGGAUUAUAAAAGGAAGAUUGACAGUUAG